AUGAGCAAGCAAGCAGAAUCACGCAAAUCCAAAUCACGACGUGAUUCUCAUGGGACUUCCGCUGGAAGAAGUACAGUUGAUCUGAAGAAACGUUCUACUUCAUUAUCUGAAUAUAGAACCAAGAACUCGGCAUCCAAGUCAUAUAGUCCAAACACAGAGAGCUUGCAAAAAUAUAAGGAUCACUUAUAUCAAAAAGGACGCUAUGGUAACAGAUUCAACCCGAAACCAAACAAGGUAGUUGGAGUUUUUGGUUUAAGCCAACGUACUACCCCAGAAAUAGUAAACAUGAUUUUUGAAGGAUUUGGUAAAGUCAAAAAAGUUAUACUAAUCCGAGAUAAAAAGACCCAACUGUCAAGAGGCUUUGGGUUCAUUCACUACAAACAUUUAAGUGACGCUAAGUAUGCAGUGGCACGUUGCAAAUAUCUAUGUAUUCACGGAAGGAAUAUCCGCGUGGACUUUUCGAUAUCAGAUAGACCACAUAAGCCUUUCCCUGCAGUGUAUCGACUCAUGGCUAAGAUGCAGAAGAACGUACGUGAUCACAGGGAACAUCAUGAAUAUCGGCACCGUAAGUGAUUAAUUGGAAAGUCUUCAUAGAUAGUAGAAAAUAUCUUUGAUGAUAAAUUAUUAUUUGAGUUGCUUCACUCAUAUAACUAAAGCUCUUGAAAUAAAAAGAUCCUUAAUAAUAUUUUUAAGAAGAAUACUAUGAAAAUAUUUUACUGAUCAUUGAAGAUAAAGGAAAUGACUUCGAAAAGUAAGGUUUUACAAUAAUUCCUUCCUAUUAGAAAUGUGAUUGUAGAAAGUAAAAUAUAAAUAGAAAUAUUAAA